CCCCAUUUAUGUGAUAACAAAGAACAGGUUAUCUUUGUCUGAAGCAUAAACAAGACAAAAAAACCUUCAGCAAAGAUUCUGAAAAUGAGGAUACUUACGUAAUGUAUAUUUAAGUUUAAGUUAAUUCUUUAAAAUACAAAGGGGAAGCAAGUAGCUGUCAUACAACACAAUGAAAACUAAUUAUGAUGGUUUGGAAUGGAAAAAAAAAUUGGCUAUUGCAUUUGAUCGAUGAUUUACAAUAAAAUUUGUAAAAUCAUGUAAUAAAAUGCUGUAUUAUAUUUAAACAAACCUUUCUUUUCUCAAUUAAGGGUGUUGAAAUAAGCAGGAUUCCAUUGUCAUCUUGAUGCACAUGACUAAAUAUCAUUAAGCUUGAUGCGAGCCAAAUUUAAGCAUGAAUGCAGAAUAUGUCCCAAAUGUUUUAUUGGGUCAAAGUCCCCCAAGGAACAAAAGUCAUAACACAGAAGUAGUGUGGUUUAAUUAAGUUUUUAGUGAGAAUUUCAGCUUUCUAGUAUUAAGGGAAAUAUGCAAAGUAACUGGAGAAUAGUGUUUAAAAUCAAGACUGGAAAUGCAUGGCUCCACAGAUUCAUAGUAGGAUAAUGGCUUUUUUUUUAAAAAAAUCAUACAUUAAACCAUACUGUUACUUGGUUGUGCAUAAGUAAUUAUUUCUGUAUUUUUUCACAGAAAAUUAAGAUAUUUAAGGAAAAAUUAGUAACAAAGAGUUGACCCCCAAAGCAGCAGAGAAUACUACUGGUAGUUUUGCACUCCAAAAGUCUCAAUGGUUCAUUUUCCCUUCACUCUUCAGAAGGAAAUCCUCAGUGUUGAAGAAUACUUCCUCAAUUUGAAAGAUCUCUGAAAGGCUAGUCACAAAAUAGUAAAUGUAGUAAAUGUAGUAAAAAUUUCUCUAGUGUCACUAAAAUCAAUGGAACUACAUCAGUGAAAAUCAAGCAAGUAUCUAUCUGGCCUGUGAAGAUUCAGAAUCCGUACAUAACUGUUUUAUAUAGUUUCAGAUAACAUAUCAAUUAGUCUGUUGAUUUCAUAGGAGAGGAUGAUGGGUGCUUCUUUGACUGACCUUGAAUGUCACUCCAGAGAAGAUUUCUAAAGCAGUUAUAACUCAGUUAUAUGGUGCUACCUGGUGGAUAACAAUUGGAGGUAAAAAUUGAAGAGGACUUUUUUUUUUUUUUAACUGUGUCUGUUUCAAGGAGGAUAGAUGUUGAUAAUCUUUAAGGAUUCUCAAGACACACAAUUUAGACCUUCUAUAGAAUUCAUGUCUCAGCAUGGUUAUAUAGCAAUAGAUAAGUACAUGGAUAUUGCAGUAUAAAUGACAAGAAAGCCUCUAGCUUUUUGAUAAAUGUUGUUUGCAAAGGAUUGGUAGUGAAAAUUCUGAGCCAAAGAGUUGGAUGAAAUCAAGACAUAUGUGGUGCUUUAUAGUAAAUGAGGAUUUGGCCAAUUAUAGACAUCAGCAGCCAUUUUAUAGUGGUCUCCUAUUACACAAACACAAAUACAAACAUAUCCAGGGAAUAUAUGGCAGGUUUUGUAUGAGAUAUUAUUCUCUGAAGUUUCUAUCUCAAUUUUCAGUUGAAGAAUUCAGUGUAGGUUUGAAAAAACCUUUUAUUUUGUGUUUAUAUUACUUGAGGCUCUGUGCAAUAAUCCUUCCUGGUUUCAUCCAUAGAGUCUUCCUAAAAACCAAAAUAAUGCUGUUUAACCCUACUACACUAACUAGUUAAUAUUUCAGAAUGGAGAAGACACAAUUUAUUAAGAAUAAACCCCCACCAAAAUCCAAAGCCUCAAAUAGAAGUAGGAGAAAUGCAUUGAGAUUCCACAAAAUCAAAACGUUUUCAGGUAAAAGGGGUCAUGAGCAGAGCUAAUGGCAUACAAAGAGGUAAAAGAUAAUGCUAUAAAAUAAUUUUUGUAUUAUUAUUAUAGUAAGGGUAUUAGAAAAAUAUUUAAAGUACUUUAGACAAGUUCAUUUAGUCUGCAAAUACAUUAGAGUGUCCAAAUACAUCAACAAUCCCAAAAUAUGAUGAUUGAAAUGCUGACUACUUUGAAAGCAGUGUCAAAACUCCCACUUCAGAGGAAACAAGAUUUUGCCCAAUACAUCCCCAAAUGUGUACUGAUACAAUAUUAAAGGCAAAAUAAGAUACCAGCCUGCGUUUGGGUGUAGAGGAGCAAUUGUGCUUUUUGUCAUAUUUUCAAAGAUGUACAGGAAAAGGAAGGGUCACUGAGGUUGACUCAUCUGACAUCCAAGAUCAUUGCUUUCCAACCUCAAAUAUGUUAGCGUCCUUUUCCCUUCCAGUCUUGCCUCUCUGCCUUCCCACAAGCACCUCUGACACUUUCAAAUUUAUUUUCAAAACCCUUUUUUCCUGGCAUUUUUAUAAAAUGUAGUUCGAAUUAAAAAUAAAGUUACUCAAGCACCUCAUCUCCCCAGUUUGUAUCCACCAAGAUAAACACAGUAGCUUUUCAUGUGACUGUAAUCUAAUUGUCCUUCUUUUUAUUUACUACUCCUCUCUGUCCCCUGCCUGUGUUACCUCCUCCUGUUGUUCUUGUACUUGCCUAGAUUGUAAGCUCUUAGGGGGCAGGGAAUCUGUCUUUGAUUUUUUCUAUGUAGCACCAUGAAAUAUGGAGCUAUAUAAAUAAUAAAAAAAUCAGACCUUCUUAAAUGA